AUGGCAAUAUUGGGUGGCAUUACUGAUGUGCCUGGAGCUUCCGAGAACGUCGAGAUUCAAGAUCUCGCUCGCUAUGCUGUUGAAGACCACAACCAAAAACAGUUGGAAACACAGAACGAUACUCUGCAAUAUCUGAGGGUGAUCAGUGCAAAGCAACAGGUCGUCAAAGGGAUAAACUACUUUAUCACUUUGGAAGCAAGAAGGGGUGGACUCCUAUUCGUGUAUGAAACCAAAGUGUGGGUAUUCACCAACAUCAAGCAGGUGCUGGAAUUCAACCCCGUUGUUGUACAACAAACACUGAAACCGAAUGCAAAUCUGGUGUUUGUGAGGGCGAUCCAUGCAAAGAAACAGGUUGUGCAAGGAUUCAACUACUUCAUAACCUUGGAAGCAAAGGAUGGUGACAGUAAAAACGUGUAUGUAACCAAAGUGUGGGAAUUCUUGAGCGCCAAGCAUUUGUUAGAAUUCUACGCCCUCCUCGAUAAUGGUACAACAGUAACCGAAACAGGUCAAAUUUUCCAUGUUCCUCCUGGUAGCAUCGAAAUAGAAAAUGUUGCUCGCUUUGCCGUUGACCAAUACAAUAAAAAAGAGGUUUUGGGUACUGUUCUUACUUUAAAAGAUGAUCUUUUAAAGAGGAUACUUCCUUUUGUGGUCUCUGGUCUUCAGCCUGGAGUUUCAUAUCACAAGGCUGGUUCUUUGAUGAUUAUUGGUUUGCUUGGAAACAAAGCUGCAUUAUCUCCCAAGCUUUUGAUUAGUUUGAUACGUUCAGUUGCUGAGGUUGCUCGCAGAGAGGCUAUGGAGUUGUCAGAUCUCUAUAUCAUUUCGAUUGUCUCUGAUAUAUUACCCUUAAUCAAAUCAAUCUUGUUCAGGGACCUGGCAGGGGUUAUAUUAGAGUUAUCUAAGGAGUUCCAUAUUGAAAAGUUUCUCCGGGUGCUUUCGGACUCCCUGAUUGACUGCAGAAACAUACCUUCUCAGUAUGAUUGA